AUGGUUAAUCAAAUUACUGGAAAUAAAUUACCAUCCAAUGGAGACUGCCUUCGGGUAUUAUUUCAUAACAUGCGUGUUGUAAAUUUAAAUUUAAAUGAUAGUUCGGGCCUUGUUGCUGAUGAAUGCUUAUUGUUUUGGAAAAAGGCAAGAAUACCUACUCAACAUCAUUGUGAUGUAGUUCGAAAAAUAAAAAAUGUAUAUGAAAGUUGGCGAAGCUUAGAUAAAAAUAAAACAAGAAAGUCUGCAACACAACAGUACAAUGAAAAAAAAUUUCAAAACUCAUUAAAUAAUUUGUUUGAUAUUGCCCACAAAGAUGCUUUCAAUAUAAUUAAAAUUGAAGAAGACAGGCAGUUUCUAACUUUACAAAGACAAGAAGGUCGUGUUGGGUAUAUGAUAGGUGUGGACAAAAAAUUAUGUGCAGUUGAAGAACGAAGAUUUGAGCGAGAGCAAAGGAGAGAAUUGUUCAAGCAAACAAACAUCGAUUAUGGAACCGGCCCAACUAACAGUGUUGAUGUUGUGGAGAGUAUAUCAAGCGAUGAUGAACGUGAUGUGCUUAACUCUAAAGAUUCCGAAAUUUGUGAAAGUAUUACAAUGCCAGUGAAAAAUAAACGAGACUAUAAAUCUGAUGAUAAGCAAGUGGCUGAGAUCGCUAUGAAAAAAUUUAUUAAUCACUUAUGGUAUCUUGGAGAAGAAACCGCUUGUUUUUCGUUAUUUGAUGACAGGAUUGAUAAUUAAAUAAAAAAACA